CGAGGGGGGCGUGGCCUGGCGAUGACGAUGCGCGCGAGCAGCGAGUAAGCCGACGGCCGGGGAGGCGGGGCUUAGGGCAUCGUCAUCCGUCCGCCGACCAAUGGGAGAGACGGUUGGGGGGCGGGGCUAGAGGGCUUCGGGGAGACAGCGGCGGGCGCUGAUUGGGCGGCCGGGCCGGCAGCCCCGCCCCUCGGAGAGCGUCUAUGGAGUCGGGGUUGUUUUUUUCUAUCAGAAAGACUCCGUUCGGUCGCGGGGCUUGGCGUGUGUGUAAGUGCGCUGUGGCCGCCCGAUGUUUUCCGUGUGAGUGUGGCUGGCUGCUGGCUGGCUGCCUGGGCUCCUCCGCUCGAGUGGCGUCUAUACGUACACACACACACACACACACAAGGGGCAGAGAGAGAGAGAGAGGGAGAGAAAGAGAGCGAGAGAGAGAAAGAGCAAGAGAGAUAGCGAGCAAGCCUUGAGCGACCAACACCAACCAGCGCCAUCAGGCUAAAAAGAGAGAGAGAGAAGAAGAAAGGAAUAAGGAAGGUCUUCUCCCUCGACCACCUCCAGAGAGAGAGAGAGAGAGAAAGGGAGGGAGAGACGCCCCCCUCGACGUGACGACAGUAUACCACCACCACCCACCACCACCAGAAGUAUCAACAACAUCUUCUGCAGCAGCAGGAGCGGCCCGCCGUAGCUGAGAGACACGACGAGAGAGAACGAAAGCCGCCCACAGAAGCAGCUUCAGCAGCCCGUGGGCGCCGUCGCUGUCAUCACGCUGGCUGUUCCCCCGCCCGUGGGCGUCGCCGUAGCCUCCACCUCUUCUUCCUCUACCACCUCCUCCUCCUCCUCCACCGCCUCCUCCCUCCAUCAACCCCCGAAGGCGCCGCGACACGCCGCUACGACGCACGCCGCCGCCGCCUACCACCUGGACGCCGCCGCCGCCACCGCCGCUGCGGCCGCCGCAGCAGCAGCAGCAGCAGCACAGCAGCUGUCACCGCCCCUCCUCCUCCCCCUCCUCCCCCGUACUACUCCUACUACCACCUCAAGCGCGACCCUGAGGAGGAGAACCUCCUCGUAGGAGGCGGAGGAGGGGGAGGAGGAGGAGGACUAGGGGGGUCGACUGCGACCCCUCCGGGCGGCGACCUGAUGACCCUUAGCCCGCGCCACACCACACCCUUCUCCGUUACCGACAUCCUCUCGCCCCUGGAGGAGCAACGGCGCGCCCUCGACCUCCUCGACGAUCGUCGGAUAGACCUCCUCGACUCCGGCAGCUACGGGCGGGCAGCAGCGGCGGCAGCCAUGCAGCCCGCGGGUAUGCAGCCCGUGGCUUACCCCCCGGCGCCCCCGCCCACCACCUACUGCACCCCUGACGUGUACGACGCCCGCGCCUCGGCGCCCUCGUGGUACCAGACAUCGUCUUCGGAUCCCCGAUUUGCAAUUUCCCGACUCAUGGGCGGCUCGAACAUGAACAUGAACAUGGGGAACGUGACGUCGCUGUCAACAUGCAGCAUGGCUGACAACAAGGCGAUGCAGUUCCCCCUAUCGCAACGAAGAAAACGGAGGGUCCUCUUCACGCAGGCGCAGGUAUACGAACUCGAGAGACGAUUCAAGCAGCAGAAAUACCUCAGCGCCCCCGAAAUCGAACAGUUAGCAGCGCUGAUCCAUCUUACACCCACACAGGUAAAGAUCUGGUUCCAGAACCACCGAUACAAGAUGAAGAGAGCGGCCAAGGAGAAGGCCAUGUCCGAACAGAACCAGAAUUCCUCCAGUAAUAACCAGUCCGUAGGAUCCCCGAGGCGAGUGGCCGUGCCCGUCCUCGUGAAGGACGGGAAGCCGUGUCCUUCGGCGGACGACCAGGACACUCCCAACCACGCCAACUCCACGCCCUCGACCACGCCCAUCACCUCCACACAACCGCCUACCGUCCAUCACGCCCCUACCCAACUGCAGGAUCAGCACACGCCCACUUCCUACUCAGCCACUGUUCAUCAUUCCGGAAGUCACGUGAUCAGUGGAACCUUAGGAGGUGGGGGCUGCCCCUCCCCCAUGAUGUCGGAACGGGUGGGCGGCGUCGUAGGGGCGGGCUGUCUUCCGCCCGUGUCCUCUAUCGGCGGAGAGUACGCCCGCAUGACGCCCCCGACUCACCACAUGGUCACCCCGCCCGCCACACCCCACAACCCUCCGAACAUGUGUUACUUUCCCCUGCAGGGGCGUACUUGGUGAACAAUGGGUGCCCCGCGCGCCCUACUAGUGCCCUCCUGUUUUUCCCCUGCUGCCUAAAUUGACUACUAACCCUACCUACCUUCCUUCCUCAAUCCCCACCUCCCCUCUCUCUCUUUUACUCUUUCUCUCUUUCCUCUUAUCAUAGUUUCGUAGUUUUCUUCUCCAGUGCCCAUAUUCCGUCUCCCCUUAAGAUAAUUAUUGUUCAUUUUUCAUCUCUUCUGGAAAAUCGCUACGUAGAAAUCGUAUAAAUAUGGUAUGUCAUCAAUCACUUUUUUUUUCAUUUAUGAUAUCAUAAAUCAUUUAUUUAUAAUUUUUUUUUCUUUUGCGUUUAUGAGAAGUCAUGACAUGUUAUUAUAAUCACAACUAUACCAUUAGUGCCGUUGUUGUAUGUCAUUACAACUAAAUCCUUCAUAGGUCGUUGUGACUAAAGUGUCUGACCUCUGACCUUCAACCCCACAUAACCCCCCUUUUGACCUUCGAGUCGUUAUGUGAUUGCCCCCAAUUACCCGAGAGCCAUUCAUACCCUCCUGAGUGUUGAAGUCCCAAUGUCCCACCUACCACGGAAAAAUUAAGAUGAAGGUAAAUAACAAAAUCCUUUUUUUGUCCAAAUCUAAAAUAAAUUGGGAUACUUACAAUUUUCUAUUGAUAUUUAAAUUCAUGUACACAUGACUCCCUCACCUUAAGCAGCCUGAACGGCCCAUCAAACCAUAAUUAAGGUAUACCUUCAUAUCCCAUUGAUUUCAUGACACAAACCCCAAACUCUGUUUUUUAUGGAAGAAAGUAUAUUCUUGUAGAGAUCUCGAGGUGGGCGCUGCUGGACUAGAGAAAGAGAGACUUAUAUAAAUCUUCCGCCAGCUCAGCUCCCCUUCGAAGUAUACGUUUGUUAAUCUUAUAGCAAUAGAAAUCCUCAGGGUAGAUGUUUUGCAGAAAGAAAGAAAAAAAACAAAAAACAAACAAAAAAAAGGAUUCGCGUCUUCAACUCCCACUCCAAGAGUUAUGUCUUGGAAAAUAGCAAAUCUUGAAAUGGGUUUAAUAUAAUUAAAUUGCAGAGAUUUCUUCUGCAACCAAGAGUUGUUUUAUAUUAGAAUGAUAAGCAAGAAUCAACUUGGAAUGGGUUUAAUGUCGUUAGGUUGCAAUCAGAAUUGACAAAAGGCCUCUAUAAGCGCAAGUUUCAGAAACCUCUUCUGGUACUCGAGUGGUUUGUCUCAAGAAAGCGGAGAAUCUUGUGGUUCUGGACGCUUUGUUAAGCUUUCAGAGUCAAUUUCAGUUAAAAGAACGAAUGAUUCAGAGUCAUUCUUUUAUAUAAAAAUAAACGUGUGAACAAACCACUGGCAGUAAAAUAUGACUGACUUUGACGAACUGAUGAAGUUUCGUUUUGUUAGAAGUUAAAAAUGACGAAGGAGUCCCAGCUUAGGAGACCAUAAUUAAGACAAGACACGAAUCCGUGAUAUUGAUGUAAUUAGGGAAAAUGGAUGAACCUAACUGUUAAUGUAAAGAAGAAGAAAAAGUAGAUGAUUGGAAAGAAAAUACAUAUAUAAAAAAUGGACCAUUUCAUCCAAACAUCUCAAUGGCAUAUGCAAUUUUGCAAUUUAGUUUAGUCGUGAUACAACGAACUUGACGUAUAAGACUUCCCUACCGUAGAAUGAAAUAUGCGAAAGUUUAAUAUGAAUUAAAGAACAAAGGAGUCUAAUUCUAUUAUCGCAACCACCCCAACCCCCCGUCAACCCCCAACCCCUUUCCCCCUCCAUGAAAAAAAAUUGGGAUGAAUAUAAUUAGGCCCGAGUGAUAUGUUUCCAACACUAUUUGUUUAGCAGACUUGAUAAAAAAAAACUAAUUAAAUUUAUCAUUAACAUGUAAUUACCGACACGCGUCAAAAAUUGCAUUCCGGCUAAAAUGUGAGGAUAAACGAGCACUUAUUUUUUACUCUCGUUUCUGAUAUGUGAUGUGAUUGGAUUCUUAUCAGCUGGGAAAUAAAGUUGGCAAAAUAAAUAAAGUUGACAAAAUGCGAUUUAUUCGUUCAAUUGAUACGAACGGAUUCUUUCUUAUCAACGAGAAAAGGUUAGUUGAUAGCCCAUGAAAUAUUACUCACGAUGCUCAAAUUGCAGUAGAUAAUCAAAUGGUAAUAUUAGGUUAGGUGGCUUCGCCCAUACACACACACACACACACAAAAGAAAGUCAGAUUUCGACACAUAUCAAGUUUCCCUGAACGAGUAGAGAGAGAGAGAGAGAGAGAUACUUCGGUAUUUCAAGUGUUAAAAAAAUGAAAAUAGCAUUGCUUAGGAAGGCUGUUUAUAUUAUAAUAUAUUUAAGAUAGAAGAGGACUCUGUUCAAGUGACUUAAAAGCAUGUGCAGUAGUUUUUUUUUUUUUUUUGGUUGGGGGAAAUACGAGAGACAGACAGUUAGAGCGACUGCAGGCGAAUUCUGUUGCUUGCUUACAGUUUUGCUGUCCUCUGAGGACGAUCUAAGCCCCGAGAUGUGUUGCUGGUGAUAAAGUAAACACUGUCGACGAUUCUGAAGACCCCCUCCCCCCAUCCCAAGAGCAGCUUACGUCCUCUAGUAAAUAAUAAGUCAAUAAACAAACAAACAAACACCAACCUGGAACUAGAAAUAAGCCAGUGAGUGUCACUUGUUACCAGGAUCUUAGAAAUUAAUCUUAAUUUGUUAGGAAUGCUAAGUAUAUUUUGACAAUAUACUGUGUGUGUAUGUAUAUACGUGUAUGUAUGCAUGUAUAUGUAAAUAUACAGGUAUAUAUAUAUUUAUGUAGCUAUGUAAUGUAUAUAUACACACCAAAGUAUACAUAUAUAUACAUAUGACUUAUACAAUACCACAGCACUGCGCACAACAGUGCUACCUUAGUGCCAAAUACUUGUUGUAAAUAUAAUUAUUAAUUUAAAAAAAAACUUAAAUAAAAUGUGUAGCAGCGUAUACAUAUGUACAGACUAAAUAAUAAUGUACUCUGGGCACAUCCCCCCACUCUCUCUCUCACCUGUAAUCUAUAAAAAAACUAUAUUGAAAUAUGCACUUUACACAUAUAAUUAGGUUUAAUACUUUUAAGAUUGUCAGACUGCAGUAUUAUAAGUAGGCUCCCUACCCGAUAGAUGGCGUAUGUGACCAAGAAACACAGGAUUAUUAUUAUUAUUAUUAAUUAUUAUUAUUAAUGUGACAAGACUUCAUGUUGCUGACCAAACCUCUUUACAUCGUUUUCAUUUUCCCUCUUUUCUCUCUUGUUGAUAAGAGAAAUUUUUUUUUUCAGUUUUGAAAGGAAUAAAUUAUUUAUAGUAAGGUUCUGUUUUUUUUUUUUUUGCGUUUUUUUUAAAUGCAGCUCAUUCUUUAACUAACUCAUCAAUCUAGCUGUCUCUUUUGAAGUAUCCUAGCCGUAAGUGAGCAGUUGAAAGGACGAAAAUCUAAACGCCAAUAAGUCUUUCACAAAAUUUAGAGUGUAAUAUGGAUUUCCCUUGGACUGUCUGUCUGUCACGAUACCAGAGUCACGCGGUUGCUUGAAAAUAUAUAAAACAAAAAGAAAAAAAUAAU